AUGACAUCAUCUCGACUUCAUGGCGACGUUGCCGGCACCCUUUCCACACGACGUGGCCAUUCGAGCCAGCUCUCGAUUUCCGAUCCCAGCCAUCACGUAACGGAGGCAAUCGGCAAUUUAUACGACGAAGACGAAGACUUGAACUCCGAGACGAGCCGCCCGCUGAGUUUCGUCGCCGAUCCUGCGUACGAAAACCAAGUCAGCCAACCGCGCCAGCAACACAACGAAAAGCCCCUACAAUCCAACAAAGCGUCCAGUGUCUCCCCUCAGUCAGCACCAGACCAGCACACGCGGCCAAAACCCUAUAAUGGCAAUGGCGGCUCGAAAUCCUCUCCGACGACCCUCUCUACGGGACACAACCAAUGGAGCGACCAGCUGGAGGAAGACACGAGGCCCGUAACAUCUCCCACUCUGUCACUGCGAGGAGCUCAUGCGCAAACGUCCGGGCAGCAAUUUCCCUUGACCAAUAUAGAUAACCCGAAUGAUAUCGCUCAAGAAUUGAGCAACUUGCAGGCGUUGAGGCGUUUAUCGAUGGACGUGGGCAACAGUAUUGACCCGGAUAUGCCUCCAAUGUCACUAGCAGCUAUGCCGGCUGUAGCGCCGCGAGGAGACGACGAUGAAAACGACCCCUCGAGAUUGCUCUGGGUACCCGCCAGGGUACAUCCAGAGCUGGCUCCCACUGAAUUCAAGACCUUUCUCGCAAGCCGGCUCCAGUCAAUCCGGAGGAGAUCCGGGGAUUCUUUCCUUUCCGUAUCGGAUGAGAAAUAUGGUAACGAGCAGGAUCCAAUGAAUUCCUCUUCAUUAAGAAGGAAGAAAUCGCUGCUUUCCCGCCAGAUUGACAGCUCAGACGACCGAGCUCCCGAAGGGCUUGCCAAUGGCAUGACGGACAAACCGGAGAGACAAGGCUUCAAGAAUGAUCAGCAAGAUCGUGAACUGAGUCUAGACGAGCUAGUAAAAGACCCUUCAAAAGCAGUUCAGAGACUUGCUCAAGAGUCACAUAGCUAUUCAGGCAGCUUAGAGUCUGGGAUGGAUGACAUACCUAUCCUUGCUGUCGCACCCAGUAGCGGGCUGCGGAGAUCAACUCGGACAACAUACCGCAAAGGAGGGAGCCUGCGAUUUGGCGACAAAGCGUCGUUCUCAAAGCGAAUGGCACAACGCCACCAAAGCGGUGAUAGCAUAGAGAUUCCUGCUGCUGGAGACCCCCCUCGGGGGUAUCCGCUGAUCAAAGUGCAGUCAGAGCCUGCAUCGGAGAAUUUCUCACGGCCAACUCGGCCAGACCGAAGACAAGAUUCGAGUUCGCAAGAACCAUCUGCAGCAUCAACAACUCCCGACCCUUCUUCAGCUUCACGCUCAUCCCAGUUCUCUAUUCGAGGCUCUUCCGCCAAGCCCCGCGCUUCCACCGACGAUAUCCUCAACUCGGAUCAACUAGGUGCCUCUCAGGAUAAUCGUCAUCCAGACAAAUCUCCACAACGACCUCCUCAAACUAAGACCACAGCAGAGGAGCCGGGGUUAGACUCUGCGGCAGAUGACCUUGGCAACGAUACAAUCGGCCGCUCGAACCAUCGCUCCCUACCAGGCAACAACAAGGUCGAAGAUAGCAGCUCGGUGAAAUCUUCCAUUACCGCCACAACACAAACCGGCGCAGUUCCACCCAACUCAUCGAAUGGUAACGCUCAUCGCACGGAUGUCGCCGUCAUUACCACGGCGCAUACGCGAGAUGAAAAGCGAGGGGACAAAAAGGCGAGGAAAGAUAAGGACGAGGAUUCUCACAACUCGAGUAGAUCUGGCAGCGCCUGGAAAUGGCUCAAGGGCGUGGCGGACGAUAGAGACAAGAAGAAAGACGAAAGCAAGAAGUCUAGGCAUAAAGCACCAUCUGAAAAGGCUCAGGACAGCGUGCGCUUGGACGUCAUUCAAACCUCGCUAGAGAAGACUGCCACAAAGGGGCGCGAAAGCUUAGUCCUUGACCGGGAAAGCCUCGACAAUAAGCUUUCAGACGAACGGAAGAAGGACAGUCAUCGCAAAAGCGACUCCAAAAGGGAAAAGGAUGGAAGCUUGUUCUCUUCCAUCUUUGGCGGCGGCAAGAAACGAGAGGAGAAAGAGAAGAACAAAAAACACCAGCAGCUGUUGCAUGUUCCAGAGGACAUCGUGCCUUACAAGCCUCUGCAGCCAGAUGUUGACUACAACUGGAGCCGCUUUCCGCUGCUCGAAGAACGCGCCAUCUAUCGAAUGGCACACAUCAAACUGGCAAACCCUCGCCGCUCUCUCCACAGCCAGGUCCUUCUCAGCAAUUUUAUGUACAGCUAUUUGGCAAUUGUUCAAGCUAUGCAUCCCCAGAUGAACGUUCCAGUGUCGCCGCAGCAAAAGCGACUGGAAGAGGAGGCACGCCGUAAACGGGAAGAGCAAGAAUAUUUGGCUCAGCGUGAAGCGCAAGACGAGGGAGACGAACAAGACCAGCAACAGAGUCUCGAGCAGUACGACUUUGAUUAUCAUCGCACGACAGUUCAAUAUGCAGAUUCCAAUUCAGACCAGCCGGUGGAGUAUGUGGAUGAUGCUCAGAUAUAUGAAGACGACCACACGCACGACGAUCAUGGUGGUUAUGGCGCUGACGAUGCGGGCGGCUAUGGCCAGGAGGUGAAAGAUUAUUAUCGGUAUCAUCAUGAUGUAUCGGAUCGACACAGUAGCCAGGAUGGCGUAUGGUGA